UAUGUUUUGAUUUACCUAAUAUUUAGAAUUUUAAGUAGAAUUAUUUACACCAUGUCUUUAAUAUCAUAUGCCUCGUCAAUAAUAAGAAAAAGUAUUCCAUUUAGAUAUCCCAUAACAUGCAAAGACUGCUGCAAUGCCAAUAAUAUUAGAAAAUGUACCAACUCGGUAUCGCCGAAACCUCUACAUGAAGUGAGAACAAAUGUUGCAAAUGAUGUUGUACUGUUUAAAUACGAAAACCCAAAGUAUUUCAAGUAUAUGAACUUGUUUGCUGCAGUACAAUAUAUGUUUUGGGCGUAUAUUGGUGCUUUUGCAUUUACUUCCCUGAAAGACGCUCCGGUAGAUGAGUCGAAGAUUACUGCUGAAACUCCCUGGUUCAGGAAGAUCAAUAUGGGAGAGCCUAAGUACAAAAACACUCUUGGGACUGCUGCUGUUGUCGUAGGUGGAGCAUCUCUUGGCAUAAUCUGGAUGUACACACUCAAGUCAGUGCGCUUCCUCAUCCUCAAUAAAGGAGGAAAGCAUGUCACCUUCGUCACAUACUCACCAUUUGGACAAAACCGAAUGAUGAAGGUUCCUCUUGAGAAUGUCUGUUGCAAGGAAAGCCGGGCCACGGCCAAAGUACAGCUACCGAUCAAAGUGAAGAACACUUGGAUGCAUUACAUGCUUGAUAUGCGAGGGGAGUUCAAAAACCCCACACUGUUUGAUUCUACUGCUGGGCUGUUCAGAAAGAUAUAAAGUGUAGUUAUUUUUAAGUUGUUGAUUGUAAAUAGUAAAAAAUAUGUUGUGUA